UUGCAGGUUAGCCCAUAUGUGUUCUCAGACUGUGCGUAUUUGACCUCUUUGAACCUCUCGCAUAAUCAUAUCUCGCAGUUGUUCCAUGAUUCACUGACUAAAUGUCCUAUGUUGAAAAGGAUCGAUCUGUCGGACAAUCGUUUGGAAUCGUUGGCGGAUGCCCUAUCUCAAGCAUCUGCCGUACGUCGACUGGAUGUAUCGCGAAAUCGUUUAGAGCUCUUACAAUGGGAAGAGCUUCCUCCUCGUCUGGAACACCUCAUGGCUGAUUCCAACGUCAUUACGCUGUUAGGAGCAGCCAUCAAAUCCAAAGUACGCACCGCUUCGUUACGUGGAAAUCGCAUCGAACAACUGUCCGCUGAUCAAAUUCCGGACACUAUUGAAAUUCUGGAUAUGUCAGCGAACCGAGUGCAGCACAUCGCUGCGACAACCUUUGCUGCAAAAACAGCUUUGCGAUCGCUCGAUUUAAGCAACAAUCGCUUGUCACAGCUUUCUGAAGAAUCGGUGAUUGCCAAUGGAGUGCAUAGUAUCGAUGUCACCUUACGGGGAAAUCCACUUCGAUGCACUUGUGAACUACACUGGAUCCGAAAACCAGAAGUUAUUAAACGGAAGGUAAAUAUUGUUGGCAUAGCAGAAACCUUGUGCACUCACCCAGUUACUGGAAAAGUAUUAGCACUGGACAAGGUGGAUUCAAAGGAUUUGCUCUGCGAAUAUUCACAGGAGAUUGAAUAUGAAGGAACUACAAUGGUUUGUGAGCCUGACUGCGUAUGUUGCCAAUUUGGCAAUUGUGACUGUAAAGCUGUAUGUCCAACUGGUUGUGCAUGCUUCCGAGAUGCUUUGUUCGAAACGAAUGUGGUACGCUGCGAGAACCUAACUGAAACUGAUAUGAAGGCCUUCACACCUUCUGCAGUUCCCAUAUCAGCUACACAUGUGUAUCUGUCUGGGCUCACUAUUCCAAUUUUACGAAGUCACUCAUUUCUUGGACGACCUCGGCUCGAACAUCUCCAUAUCAACGCUUCUGGAAUCCGUGGAAUUCAACCAAAGGCAUUUAAUACUUUGCCAAAACUCAAAUUGCUGGAUUUGUCCGAAAAUGCCCUUGUGCGCCUUUCUGGUGACGAAUUUCAUAAAGCAUCGGCGGUUUCGCAUUUGUUUCUCAAUGGAAAUCGUUUGCGGACUAUUGAACGAGGAUUGACAGAGAAACUUCCGUUAUUGACAACGGUUACACUGCACAACAAUGACCUCACCGACAUCUCACCAACGUUAGCGACGUCUGGUGUGCGAUCUUUGUCGCUGUCAGGCAACGCGUUCCGCUGCGAUUGCACCCCGCGAUUCUCGGCACCGACGUGGAUACACGAGAAUCGCGACAAAGUUGUUGAUAUGGAUCGUGUACGAUGUGUAGAGAAUGUCACCGAGUCGUUUCGUAACAAUGACACUACAGUAUUAUCGGCGUACCCGCCUAAUGUUGGUCACGAUAUCUUUAUGAUGCCCAUGGAAGGUUCGUUCAGUCAAUUCUAUCGUCAUAUCCAGAACACUACAAAAAUUGAACAAAUGAGAAAUCGAAUGUUUCAAGUCACCUUAGCACACUCUUUUUCAGAAUUUCUGCGAGAUUUCAAUCGCACCAUAUGUGUGCCAGCAGCUUCCGGAUUCUUUGGGCAGGAACCGCAAAAUUCCAUCCUAACAAUUAUUUUUCUGACUUCAUGUGCCUUCCUUCUUUGUGCAAUGACUCUACUUGGAGUUUCCCUAGUCAAAAAAGCACACAACGAUCUAAGUCAGAGGAGGUUUGUGUUGUCUUAUAGCCAUCUGUUUAGAUACAAGGCGUCUUCAUCACUGAACUGCUCGUCGACGCCAGGAUCUUCUCCUCUGCCGGUUCCUCUUUUGAAUUUUGACGCUUUUGUCAGUUAUUCAAAGAAAGACGAAAAGAUGGUUUUGGAGCAACUGUGUCGACCCUUAGAAGAUGAAGAGUAUGUGCUUUGCCUGUUACAUCGCGAUGGUCCUGCGUAUCAUUCUCGAUUACAUGCCAUAUCUGAUGAGCUCAUCUCACAAAUGGAGGCAUCUCAGUGCCUUGUGAUAGUGCUAACAAAGAAUUUUCUGGAAAGCGAAUGGAAAACACUGCAAGUGAAGACGUCACAUCAGUUGUUUGCGAAGAAUCGAGGAAAACGAGUGAUCGCAGUACUGGGCGAGGGGGUCGACCAGAAUUUGCUCGACGAGGAACUUGGCCAAAUUUUGAGGAAAAACACCUGCAUCCGUCAACGGGACCACCUAUUCUGGCAGUUGUUGCGCAGUGCGCUGCCAACACGUCUGUCGAGUCUUCCUGGGAGUGGAGACGACUCCUCUCAGAUCUACUCGGACAUGUAUGGCAUUGUACCAUCGGCAGUGAUCUAG